AUGCACACAAAUGUCAAUGUGCCUUGGCUGGUGCAAUUUCUUGUUACACGUUGAAAGUCGGUUGAACGGUGAUUAAUAAUAAUAUACACUUAUAUUCUAUAUAAGUAUAUAGAGUUGCGACUAUCUUUGAAAAUCGUGUGCAAUUAAAACUCCAAACGAAUAUAAAUAUAAUAAUUGUUAGCGUUCCAUUUAAGUAUGUCGAAACGAACUCAACCGGUAUGGCAGCAGCCAACAUCUACAGACCUACCAAAGUUGCGUCUGUUCAAUAGCUUAACAAGGCAAAAGGAGGAAUUUGUGCCACUGGAUGGUAAUAAUGUGACUUGGUAUAGUUGCGGUCCAACAGUAUACGAUGCAACGCACAUGGGACAUGCGAGGUCAUACAUAUCUUUCGAUAUUUUGCGUCGCAUACUUUCUGACUAUUUUGGUUACAAUAUUUUCUAUGUUAUGAACAUUACCGAUAUUGAUGAUAAGAUCAUUAAACGUGCAAGACAAAAUUAUCUCUACAAAAAAUAUGUAAAUGUUGCCAAUACAAUAUCACUCGACGUAUUAUUAGCAGAUCAAAAAGAGGUAUUGGAUCAAUUCAAUGUCAUCUGCAGAGAAACGACUGAUCCGAAUAAGAAACUUAUGUAUGAACGCAUGUUAAUAAGAAUGAAUGAUGCAAUGGAAACUCUUAUUAUGGCUGUAGCCAGUAAUGAUCCCGAAAAGAUAGACGAAGCGCGCGUCUUGUAUUUGGCGGAAGCAAAGGAUCCUAUAUCCGAGUGGUUGGAUCGCAAGGAGGGCUCCACUGUUACGGACAACGCCAUCUUCGAAAUAUUACCACGAUAUUGGGAGAAUGAGUACCACAAAGAUAUGGCGGCGCUUAACAUUUUACCGCCAGAUGUACUCACGCGUGUAUCCGAGUACGUACCACAAAUAGUCAAAUUUAUACAGCGUAUUUUCGACAACGGACUUGCUUAUAAUGCAAACGGUUCGGUUUACUUCGACGUGAAUGCCUUUGAUAAACGUGAAAAACAUCAUUAUGCCAAACUUGUGCCUGAAGCGUAUGGUGAUACCAAGUCAUUGCAAGAAGGUGAAGGCGACUUGUCGCUCACAGCGGAUCGUUUGUCUGAAAAACGUUCACCCAACGAUUUUGCGCUUUGGAAGGCAAGUAAAGCAGGUGAACCCUCGUGGGAUAGUCCCUGGGGCAGAGGUCGUCCAGGCUGGCACAUAGAAUGUUCCGCAAUGGCCUCGGACGUCUUUGGUUCAAUGUUUGAUAUACAUACUGGAGGUGUUGAUUUAAAAUUUCCACAUCAUGACAAUGAAUUAGCGCAGUCCGAAGCCGCUUUUGAUCAAGCCGAAUGGGUGAAAUACUUUCUGCAUACCGGUCAUUUAACCAUUUCUGGUUGCAAAAUGUCGAAAUCAUUGAAAAAUUUCAUUUCGAUAAAAGAAGCAUUAACGAAGAACACGCCAUGUCAGUUGAGACUAGCAUUUUUAUUACAUUCGUGGAAAGAUACGCUCGAUUACUCGAGCAACACAAUGGAAAUGGCCUGCCAAUAUGAACGCUUUAUGAAUGAAUUCUUUUUAAAUGUAAAAGAUUUAACACGGCGCAUAGAGAGUGACACCCCAAGCUCACAGUUUGGCGCAUGGACAAGCUCCGAAGCGGCCAUACAAGAAAAAUUGAAGACAACGCGUGAGGCAGUACAUGCGGCAUUAUGCGACAACAUUGAUACGCGUAGCACUUUGGAUGCGUUGCGUGAUUUGGUCUCCGUUACAAAUAUCUACAUACGUGAUAAUAAAGAUCAAGUGAAUUGCCUAUUAUUGCGUCGCAUUGCUGCCUACAUUACCGACAUACUGCAUAUAUUCGGUACUAUUGAUGGACCACGCGGUGGCAUAGGUUUCCCCGUGGGCGGCGGUCUUAGCAGUAAUGUGGACAUUGAAAAAACUUUGCUACCAUAUGUAGAUGCGAUAGCCGAAUUCCGCAAUAAUGUGCGUGAGGAAGCGAAAACUAUAAAAGCAAAUGCUAUACUACAAUUGUGUGAUAAAUUACGCGAUGAUGUGUUGCCAAAUUUGAGUGUGCGGCUGGAGGAUAAGGAGAACGGUAAAUAUGCUGUGAAAUUGGUGGAUCGCGAAGUAUUAUUGAAAGAGCGUGAAGCCAAAAAAAUUGCCGAGGCCGAGCGCCUAGCUGAGAAACAGCGUAAACAAGAAGCUGCUGCGCAACUGCUGGCAGCCAAAGAAGCACAGAAGCGCAUCAAACCACAAGAGAUGUUCCUUAAUGAAAAAGAUAAAUAUUCACAAUUCGAUGAAAAUGGUUUGCCAACACAUGACGCAGAGGGCAAGGAGUUAAGCAAAGGUCUAUUAAAGAAAUUGACUAAGCUGCAGCAACAACAAGAAACGCGUUAUAAAGAAUAUUUAGCUACUGCCAACGACAAUUAAUAAACAUUUACUACUCAGUUCUAACGGAUAUAUAAAAAUCAAAUAUUUUAUAGAAAAUAAAAAAUGCUUUCAAAUUUUUUAAAUUAACAAACGUA